AUGACAUGGAUCUCCGUGAAGAAGGCGAGCAAUGCCCACUCAGCGACCUUGCGCAGCACCCGGUGCAGAACGUACGCGUCUGGCAUGCGGAACGUCGCCAAGAUGGUGAAAGUCGUAGACCUCCACCUCGGGCUAUCAAACACCUUGGAUGCACAACAACAGGCCAUGCUCAUUCCUCGUCUCGCCGUGGUAGAAGGAGCUUGCGUCCAGUCCGGCACAUUAUUCCUUCUGUUCCCCUUGGAGCUACCCACCGGAAAGCUGUUCAUUCUGGAUUACCUCCACUACGUGCAGAUUGCCGGUAUCCUCCUCUACGUAGUUUCACUUUUCAUGCUCUUCCUCACCAAUGUCACGCAGUAUCAUCAGUCGAACAUCUUGCAAGGCAUCGGAAUGGUUCUGGGCGUAGGCAUGCUGCUGUUGUCAAUGACCUCUCUUCAAUCCCAUAAUUGGAAGCAACACCAUGCAUUCGUCAUGGGUACCAUCCUCGCAGCCCGUACCCCGUCGCCCGCGCUGACCAACUACCGGGCACUGACCACGCAUGUCCGCUUCACCCCUGCAGAUUGCAAUCCUCAAUGUGGGCUCGUUUUCGGGCGACCACUCCCAAGCCGGCUUGCCGACUCGUUCGGGAAGAUCAAUCUGAUCUGUACGGUGUCUGUCGUGAGCACCGCGCUGCUUUUUUCCCUGUUCGGAAUCAAGUCCGAGGCCGUGGUCAUUGUGUUCGCAAUUCUGUACGACGUUUUCUCCGGGGCAGAGUCUUUCCCGCAGACGCGUGCUAUCCUACCGCCACUCGGUACCCUCUUCGGCACACCCCUGAGCGCAUCUUACACUGCCUCUUCAAUGUUCGAAGCCCUACCCACGUUCCUGCCCUCUGCACUACUGUCUCCCGAGCCCGGCAUAACGCCACGAGGCAAUCGCGAGGCGGGAGACUUCUUGAUGUUCGCGUUCGGGCCUGUACUCUCCGCGCUCUCCCAUCCAUCCCCACGAAAUCUACGAGGUAUACUGGAUUCUCAGACUACUCUAGGUCGGUCCGCGGUCCUCCUACUGCAUAUAUUCUCCAACGCUACCACUGGUGUGGGAGGUUGCUCUCAUCUCAACUGCCGUAUCUCGCUUCACAUGAGGUCCUCCGAUUACCCGAGGAACUGCGCGCCAGCAGCAGGAAGCCGCUACUUCUACUAUGUCAAGAGACACUCGGCAAACAAGAUCACUUAUAGUCCCGUGAGCAAUUACGUUGCUCGGCUAUCUAUACACCUCAGACUGCUGGCGCGACUGAACAAUAAGGUCAUGCAUUCGAGAACAACGCCAGAGCGCCCGAAUGACUCGCUAACCAAAAACACGAUGCAGCCGUCUCAUUCGUAG